AUGGCUCGGCCAAGAGACUCGCGCUCACCAAGCCCGGCGGGCAGCCACGGCGCGCGCCGACAGCGUGACGACCGACGACCGCGCGAUCGUCGCGACGACAGAGGCUAUCGCAGGCGCUCCCGAUCGCGUACACCAGAGCGACGAUAUCGCGACCGAGACGCCGGCCGUGACCGAGAAAACUACCGCCGCCGAGAUCGUUCCCGCUCCAUAGACAGAGAUCAAGAUCGCUACCGCGGUGGCCGUGAUAGGCGCCGCUCGCGAGACCGCCAUGACGGCCGGGCGCGCUCGCCUGAUGGCCGGCGCAACAGAAGCCGUGAUGACAGAAGGCGAGAUGACUCGCGUGGCAGAGACUCCCGAGGGGCUGACUCCCGCAGCAAUCGCAGCGACAGCCGAGGCAGAAACACGCCCCGUCCAGACAGCGGUCGGAUCCCAGACGAUGCCGCCAAACAGGCCGGCGCCACAGCCGCCCAGACCGAUGCCGAGAAGAAGAAAGCCGAACGUCUAGCUAAGCUCGAGGCGUGGAAGAAGAAAAAGGAGCAGGAGGCACAAAAGCAAAAAGAGGUCAACCCGAGCCAAACUCGCAACCUGCUGGCAGAAAUGGACAAGAAAGCCAGCGGCGUUGCCCCCGAUGCUGCAUCGCCUGUCCUUUCGUCCGUCGCCUCUCCCACACCCGGCCCGGACUCUGGAAAUGCGUCCCCCGUACGACCGUACGCUGGCAAGUUUGAUCCCAAGAGCAUCGCUAAAAAAUCAGCUGCGAGAACACAAGAUUCGACAAAGUCUAUACUUGGCUCCAUCAAGGCUGAGCCAGCGACACUUCCCGUCCCAGUCAAGCAGUCCACCGCUUCUGCGCUGCCGGCCAAUCGCGCCAAGACGAGCGCUUUCGGGUUUGGCAAGUCUCAAGGCGACGACAAGCUUCCCAGCAAGCGAAAGCUCGAUCUGGAUGAAGAGGAGACUACACAUCGUAAGCUGACCAAGCUGCCUAACCUACCCCUGGAGGCAGAUGACACGCCAUAUGUGGACCAAGAUGACGAUGAUGACGACGAUGGCAACGAGUUUGCCGAAACCGAAGAAGAGGCUGCCGCUGCUGCUCGCGCCGCACACGAGAGACGCUUGCAGGCCGAGGAAGAGGCUGCAAAAGAGGCCGACGGCGAUCAAGCCAUGACAGACGCCGCUCCAGCUACGAAUGGCACUGCCGCCGAAGAACAAAAUAUGGAGGUUGACGAGGAAGAGGACGACGUGGAUCCCCUGGACGCCUUCAUGGACCACCUGCAGGAAAAAGAAGUCCAACCCCCUGUCGCCAAAAAGACGUCUACAGUCAAGAAGCUGCCAGAGCCCGAAGCAUACUUUAGCGACGACGACAAUAGAUACGAGGUGGAUAAUGACGGCGCCGACGCUAGUGCUGUGCUGGCCAUGGCCAAUAAGCGCAAGAAAAAGGAGAUUCCCACGGUCGACUACAACAAGAUUGAUAUUCAGCCUAUCCGAAAGAACUUUUGGGUGGAGCCCGUCGAGCUCAGCGAACUCAACGAGACCGAAGUGGCAGAACUUCGAGCAGAACUCGACGGCAUCAAGGUCAAUGGCAAAGAUGUCCCGAAGCCUGUGCAGAAAUGGGCUCAAUGCGGUCUCACCCGACAGACGCUGGAUGUGAUUGACAACAUGGGGUUUGAGAAGCCGACAUCAAUUCAAAUGCAGGCCAUUCCCGCUCUCAUGUCUGGCCGCGAUGUCGUUGGCGUCGCUAAGACUGGUUCCGGAAAGACCAUGGCCUUUUUACUGCCCAUGUUUCGUCACAUUAAAGAUCAGCCUCCUCUGAAAGAGUCGGAGGGUCCCGUGAGUCUGAUCAUGACACCCACGCGAGAACUGGCCACGCAGAUUCAUCGCGACUGCAAGCCGUUCCUCAAAAUGAUGGGUCUUCGUGCCGUCUGCGCCUACGGCGGUGCCCCAAUUCGCGACCAGAUUGCAGAGCUGAAGCGUGGCGCCGAAAUUAUCGUGUGCACGCCUGGCCGCAUGAUUGAUCUGCUGGCCGCCAACCAGGGCCGAGUCACGAACCUGCGACGAGUUACCUAUGUCGUUUUGGACGAGGCGGAUCGAAUGUUUGACAUGGGCUUCGAGCCACAGGUAAUGAAGAUAUUUGCCAACAUGCGCCCCGAUAAACAGACGAUUCUCUUCUCCGCCACGAUGCCACGCAUUAUUGACUCGCUCACGAAGAAGGUUCUCAAGAGCCCCGUGGAGAUUACUGUCGGUGGGCGCAGUGUCGUGGCCAAGGAAAUUGAGCAGAUUGUGGAAGUGCGCGACGAAAACACAAAGUUUCAUCGCAUUCUUGAGCUGCUCGGUGAGCUAUAUGACCGUGACGAAGACGCGCGUUCAUUAAUCUUUGUUGAGCGCCAAGAAAAGGCCGACGACUUGCUCAAAGAGCUCAUGGGCAAGGGUUAUCCUUGCAUGUCCAUUCACGGUGGCAAGGACCAGAUUGACCGUGAUUCUACAAUCUCCGACUUUAAAAAGGGCAUCGUCCCCAUUCUCAUUGCGACAUCCGUUGCUGCUCGAGGUUUAGACGUUAAGCAACUAAAGCUCGUCAUCAACUAUGACGCACCCAAUCAUCUGGAAGACUAUGUUCACCGUGCCGGCCGUACAGGCCGUGCCGGAAACACUGGCGUUGCCGUGACAUUCAUCACGCCGGAGCAGGAGAGCUGCGCGCCAGGCAUUGCCAAGGCCCUGGAGCAGAGCGAGCAGCCCGUGCCCGCGCGCCUCAACGAGAUGCGCAAGGCGCACCGCGAAAAGGUCAAGUCUGGCAAGGCCAAGGAUACAUCUGGCUUUGGCGGCAAGGGUCUGGAUCGUCUCGACCAGGAGCGCGAAGCGGCACGCAUGCGCGAGCGCAAGACGCACAAGGCCGAAGGCGAAGACGAGGAAGAAAAGAAGGAGGAAAAGAAGGAAACCGACGAAGCCAAUCACGAGCGCGCCCUGGACGCCAUCAAGGCCGCUGCGUCUGGCGUUCAGUCCCGCGACGCCGCCAAGGCCGAGACCGCGGUCAACGAGCCCGUCAUCAAGACAUCCGGCGUCGUGGCCACCAACCCCGGCGGCGGCGCCAAGGGCAGCGCCGGCAACAACCCGCUCGACAAGGUCAGCUCGGCCGUCAGCGCCAUCAACAGCCGUCUGGGCAAGGCCGGCCAGCUGCGCUCCGGCCAGCCCAUCGACAACAAGGGCCCCGAUGCGGGCGCCUUCCACGCGACGCUCGAGAUCAACGACUUUCCGCAAAAGGCGCGCUGGGCCGUCACCAACCGCACCAACGUGGCCAAGAUUCUCGAGGCGACGGGCACGUCCAUCACGACCAAGGGCAACUUUUACGCAGCGGGCAAGGAGGUCCCCGAGGGCGCGGAGCCGAAGCUGUAUAUUCUUAUUGAGGGCGACACGGAGCUCGUAGUGGGCUCGGCGCUGAAUGAGCUGACGAGGCUGCUCAAGGAGGGCACGAUUGCGGCGGCGGACGCGGACAGCAGGGCGCCCGCGAGCGGCCGGUACACGAUUACGUGA